UGCAAACUUAUACAAACCUUUCACCCUUAAUGUUUCUUUUCUAGAAUGUUGAUAUUUCUCCUCAUCUUUGGCCCGUUCUCUUCUCCUUUGUUGAAUAAAAACUGGGGAUCUGUCUCCGCCGGGAAACCUCCAUCUCUCGCCGGGAAAUUGUUGUUUCUCGGGAAACCUUUUAUUCGUACCGGGAAGCUAUUCAUCAAUACGAAUCCGGCCAACCCAUUUAGAAUGGAAGAAUGAUUAGGCACUACGUUAAUGCCCUAAUGGCAAAUCAGUAGCCGCCAAAUCCACGGGAAAAGCUCCAGAAUUUCGCCGGAAAAUUGUCGUAUUCACCGGAAAGCCACUUAACAGCGGAAGUUUGGAGUACCCAUUCGCCAGAAAAGGACGACUUUGCUCCUGCGUUCCAAGGUACCAGAAAAUUUUGCCAUUGAUGCCGGAAACUGCUUUUUUUUGUCGGAAAACAGAUUAUGUUCACCGGGAAGGGUUUUAGGAAUAUUUUUCGGGCAACCCAUUUUGAUUUUAAUGGCUUACCAGCAAGGAAUGAGGCCUCUCACGCCUGUCCAUGUGCUAAAGCUUCUAAAAGCUGAGAAAACCCCUUCUUCUGCUCUUUCCAUAUUUGAAUCUGCUACUCGAGAGCCAAAUUAUAAACAUACACCUGCAAUAUUCAAGAAAAUUAUUGAGAUACUUGGGCACUCGGGUUUUCUCUCUCCUCUUCCUCGUAUCCUUGAUCUUAUAAAGCACGAAAGAUGCAGGUGCUCAGAAGAUUUGCCAUUAUCAGUCUUGAAAGUUUAUGGAAAAGCUCGAAUGCCUGACCUUGCCAUGGAUGUCUUCUUGAGGAUGAAUGAGAUUUUUUGUUGCAGACCAGGUGUUCGAUCUUUUAACACUUUGCUUAAUGCUUUUGUUCAGACUGGGAAUUGGGAAAGAGUGGAGUCUUUCUAUAAUUACUAUCAAACAAUGGGAAUCCAGUCAAAUUUGCAGACUUUUAAUAUUUUGAUUAAUGGGUUGUGCAAGAGGAAGCUUUUCGAUAAGGCCAAAACUUUAUUGGAGGAGAUGCACAGCAAAGGGCUUGAACCUGAUGGGUAUAGUUACAGCGCUGUGAUUAAUGGGUACUGUAAAAAUGGUGAUGGUUCAGAGGGUUUGGCGGUAUUUUAUGAGAUGGUGGAGAGAAAUUGCAGGCCCGAUGUUGUUUGUUAUAACAUUUUGAUUGAUGGGUUGUUCAAGAAUGGAAACUUUAACAAGGCUAUGGAGUUAUGGGGUGAUAUGUUGGGUGAGAGAGGAUGCUCUCCCAAUGUUGUUACAUAUAAUUCGAUGCUCAAUGGCUUGUUUAAGGCUGGGAAGUUCAGCGAAGGAGUCGAGGUCUGGCGUUUAAUGGUUAAGGACAAAUGUAGGCCUGAUACUUUCACUUACAGUACCUUGAUUCAUGGGCUCUCUGAGCAAGGUGAUGUGCAUGGUGCUGCUAAGGUUUAUUCAGCCAUGGUUGAGAAUAAGCUUUUGCCCGAUAUUGUUACUUACAAUUGCCUCAUCAAUGGCUAUGGUAAAUUGGGAAUGGUUGAUGGGGCUUUAGAGAUUAAGGCCUCCAUGGUUAAGAAUGGAUGCCUUCCUAAUAUAUCUACUUAUAACAUAUUGAUAGGAUGCCUAAUUAAGAAUAAUAGAGUGGAUGAAGCAAUGGAAGUUUGGGAAAAACUUUCCAUGAAUAAUUGCCAGCCUGAUUCAACCACUUGUGGGGUUUUGAUCCAUGGAUUAUGCCAGAUUGGGUAUGUAAAUAAAGCUGUGCGGUUAUUAGAAGAGAUGGAAGCGAGAGAAACCAAAGUUCUUGAUGUGUUUGCCUAUUCUUCCAUGGUAAGUAGUUUAUGUGGUGAAGGGAGACUAGAAGAAGCAACCCAUAUUUUGUACAAGAUGGCUCAAAAUGGUUGUUCUCCAAAUUGUCACACUUACAAUUCUUUGAUCAAUGGUUUUUGCCGGUCCUUGAGGCUUGGAGAUGCGAAUAGGAUAUAUAAGGAGAUGGUUAAUAGUGGCUGUCCUCCUACUAUUGUCACAUACAACACGCUGAUAAAUGGGUUCUGUAAAGCUGGAAAAUUCAGUGAGGCAUCUGAAUUUCUUAAAGAGAUGAUAGGAAAAGGUUGGAAACCUGACAUGGUCACCUAUAGUUCAUUAAUGGAUGGGCUUUUUGGCACUGGAAAGGUUAAAGAAGCUCUAAAAUUGUGGAAACAAGUGUCAUUGAAUCGGGUUUGCAAGCCCGAUGUUAUGAUGCACAAUAUUUUGAUACAUGGGCUCUGCAAUGCCGGGAAAUUAGAAGAGACGUUGCAGGUUCUUGUUCAGAUGAGGCAAAAGAGCUGUAAGCCCAACCUAGUAACCUAUAACACUCUGAUGGAUGGGUUUUACAAAGUGGGUGACUUUGAAAAGGCUACCAAGAUUUGGAAUGAGAUAUUAGAAGAUGGGCUUUUGCCUGAUAUUAUCUCUUAUAAUGCUGCUAUCAAUGGUCUUUGCACCUGGAACAAGAUGCCUGAGGCCAUGGAUGCCCUUGAAGAUGCCUUGAGGAAGGGGAUUGUACCCUCUUCAAUUACUUGGAAUAUACUUGUCAGGGCAGUAAUUAAGCCCCUUUGAAUGCACAUAUGUGUUUUUUUCUUUCACCGAGAGGUUUACUAGUGAUCUCUCUUAUCAUAUGAUCGUGGAGAAGGAAGAAUGUGACUCUUGGACUGCCUUGGAGAAGCAACCAUGGUCAUUGAGUUACAUAAGCUGAGAAAUUUAUGCCACAGCUGUCAAGGCUGGAUAGAAAGAAGGAUGGAAAUUCUAAGUGAACCAUUUGUGCUUGUACCUUUAGAGGCUUAGCUAUGUGAACAGAGGUUUGUUUGAGGUCUCCAAAGUUUGAUUGCUAUCCAUGCAAAAGGAUAGCAGGUUCAGAUGACAUCGUCUGUUCAUACAAGAACUGAGCGAGUAAGGCCAAGAGCACGGCCCCAAGGAAAGAAGCUUUUCUCCAAUCCA